AUGGCGGAGAAGGUGACAGUGAGCAUAAAAGAGUCCACGAUGGUGAAGCCAGCAGAGGAGUCGACGCCCCGAGGCUCGCUGUGGCUCUCCAACUUGGACCUACAAUAUUCGCCCUAUCACACGUCAAAUGUUUACUUUUACAGAUCAAGCGGUGACGAGAACUUCUUUGACCUAGUAGUGCUCAAGCAAGCCCUCAGCAAGGCCCUUGUGCUCUUCUACCCCAUGGCCGGUCGCUACAAGCUCAACGACCAGAAUGGCCGGAUGGAGAUUGAUUGCAAUGCGGAGGGAGUGCUCUUUGUUGUAGCGGAGAGCAUCUCUGCCAUUGAUGAUUUUGGUGAUUUUGUGCUAAACCCCAAUCUUCGUGAGCUCAUCCCCGGUGUUGAUUACGCUGGUGGGAUAUCCUCAUUUCCCAUUUUUGCGUUACAGGUCACGUACUUCAAAUGUGGUGGAGCGUCACUUGGUGUUUCCAUGGACCACCGCGUAGCAGAUGGAUUUUCUGCUCUCCACUUCGUGAAUACAUGGUCUGCUAUUGCUUGUGGUGAGGUCGCAAAGAUUAAUCCACCCUUCAUGGACAGGACCUUACUUCGUGCCCGAAACCCACCUCAGCCUGCAUUCCACCACACUGAAUUCGAAACUAGUGCAGAAAAGGAAUUAGUUUAUGAUCUGCAAAAAACUACUAAAGUUACUGCGUCCAGUUUUAGAUUGACGCGGGAGCAGCUCAACAUCUUGAAAUCCAAUUCUAAGGAAGAUGCUGGGAACAAUAGUAAUCCAAUCAACUUUACCACAUUUGAGAUGUUGGCAGGUCACAUUUGGAGAUGUGUUUGCAAGGCACGUAAACUUCCUGAUGAUCAAAACACCAAACUACGCAUUCCCACUGAUGGACGGUCCAGAUUGCAACCCCCACUCCCGGCUGGUUUCUUCGGUAAUGUCUCUUUUAGAACUGCGCACAUUGCUGCAGCAGGGGAUAUCCAGUCGAAACCAACGUGGUAUGCUGCAAGUUGUAUUCACAAUGCUUUGGCGCGGAUGGACAACAAUUAUCUUAGAUCAGCCCUUGACUAUCUUGAUCUUGAGCUUCAAACUCCUUGUCUUUCCCAACCUCCUGUUGGGCCUCGUCCGAUUUGGAGCCCGCAUCUUCAAAUAAACACUUGGAUGAGGCUGCCGAUUCAUGAUGCUGAUUUUGGUUGGGGUCGACCCAUUUUCAUGGGGCCUGGUCGUGCAUAUCCAUGGGAUGGGAUGGCAUUGUUAUUGCCAAGUGCAACUAAUGAUGGGAGUUUGUCGCUGAUUAUUACUCUGCAAUCUGAGCACAUGAAAUCAUUUCCCGAGUUGUUGUAUGACAUCUAA